AUGAAGAAUAAUGGAAAUUGUGGCAAUAGAAUACAUACUGGAAUCUUAAUUGACUUUCUAGUACAACUAAAAGAAUGUGAUGAAUUAGAAUCAGAGUUUUUUAUAAGUGAUAAGAAUUUUGUUCAAAUAUCAGCUAUUCAUUUUAUUUGGAAAAACAUAAAGGUACAACUCUAUCUUUGGUAUAUUGAAAAGGCAGUAAAACCCAUAAAUUUAACUAAGAAGAAAGUUAUUUUUUGUCCAAAAGAAUUAUGUUCUAUAGUCUGGAAAAAAAUAAAUAAACAUUUACAUGAACAUUCACUUAUUUCAAUGGCCAAUGGACAGUUUCGUUUAUUAAAUCAAAUUUGGAAAGAAGCUGUAAAAGAAAUUUAUGAUUUUUCAUUAAUUUUUGAAGUUGCUGAAGAUGAAAAUUUACAAGUUUGUAAAGAGAUAUAUAAAAGACUUAUUAGUACAACAGAAAAAGUACUUGAUAUUCUUAAAGAUCAACAAGAUAAAGGAAAUUUUAAAUGGGUGAAAAGUGUUGAAAAAAAUGUUUAACCAAUUGAAAAAAUGUUGACUGAAAUUAUAGUUUACAAAAGAAGAAGAACAAUGAUUUUUAAUGCAUCUUAAUUGUAAAUGGUAUUUCAGUCAUAGUUAUUU